CCCAAAAGCUUUGAAACAUCUCACAGAUCCCAUCAACAGGAUGCUCUCUAUCCUUUUGUUCGCUGCGGCGUGGGUUGCCUGCCUGGCACAAUCCAAUGAGUUCUCCUCGUACUCUUCGGCCAUCGGAUUAGGGGCUGGAACUCCCUUCUCUGCCAAAGGAGAAGGAAGUAUCACAGGCGUGAAAGUCUGGGAGCACCCUAAUAGUCACAUAACUGGUAUCCAGUUGCGUCAUGGCGCCAACUGGGGCAGUGUUCUUGGUAUUGUCACCACCAGUGAACUGAGCAUGGAGCUAUUUGAAGGAGAGGCCAUUGUUCAGGUGUCUGGAAAAUACAACCCCGUGGACUACAUCUAUCAGUUAACUUUCAGGACCAGCAGAGGGCGUUCUCUCAUCGCAGGCCAGCCAUUACAGGUGUCCUUUAACUUUUACCCCAAGUUUGCUAAGGCGGAACUCCGGAUGUUGAGUGGGCGGUCCAACGGCGAAGGGAUCACAUCCCUUGGAGCCCAUUGGGGGAUAGUCAAUCCACGGGGCAACACAGGGGCAGACCAACCAUGAAAUGAAUUGAACUACACGUUUAAAAGUAGAUUCAACUUUUGAGUUUCUAUGAUAUCCUACUUAUCAAUAAAGCAUGAUAAGCAUGUUCCGAUUUUUGUCUCUGUGGAGUGAUUGGAAUGAACACAGGGAUGAGUUGUGAGUUGGGAAUGGUAUGAACACUUGACGAAUGUUAACUAACUGCUACUUAUUUUAUCUAUGCACUAGUAUCUAAAUUAAACUCAAGGCGUAUUCAAGUUAAAGUAAGCCUAUCUCGAUUAUUUGAUUUGUAAAAAAGGUGUUAAGUGGUCCAAAGUGAUCAAAUAGUUCAAGAAAUCAUAACAGCCGCACCAUCCACAACAACGUUGCUCCCAGAACAUAUUGAACGCCUCCAAUUGAA